AUGAUACAUAGAUUCGAUACAAUUUACAAGUGUCUAUUAAAUAAUGGAAUGGAAAAAUUAGCUUGGUAUUUAAAAAAUUUAAAAAAUGAUGAAAAUAGGGUUCAAGAAUAUUGUAAACUUUUAGAUGAUCUGUCAUCCAUUGAUAUAGAUUACUUGAUGAAGAUAUAUGAAAUAUCUAAGACUAGUAUGUCAGAAAAAUAUCACCUUAUUCCUCCAAAAAGGAUUGUAUGGGAAGAAUGUAAUACUAUAGAACAAGCAAAGAAAUGUAUAGAAAUUACAAAAGAUAACAUAAAAGAUGAGAGAUGUUUAAUAACAGAUAUUAAAACAAUCCCAAAAGGUAUUUAUGACUAUAUUUAUCAAGAAGGUAUUGAUUUAAUUAAAAAUGGUAAAGUUGGGAUUAUAAUAAUGUCGGGAGGUGACGGGACAAGACUUGGAUGGAAUGGACCAAAAGGAACAUAUCCUAUUGGUAUUGUUAGUAAGAAAAGCUUAUUUCAGAUAAUGUGUGAACGAAUUAUAUGUUUAACAAGGAUUUGCAAAGCUGAUGAGAAUAAAAUUCCAUUAUACAUUAUGACAUCUUCUUCAAACUAUUCUGCAAUAAGUGAAUUUUUUAAAUUAAACAAGAAUUUUGGGUUAAAAGAAGAAAAUGUCAUUUUAUUUAAGCAGUCCAUGUUACCAUGUAUUGAUAUAAACUCAAAGAGUUUAAUGCUCUCUAAUAUUUCAACUAUAAAUAAAUCUCCUAAUGGGAAUGGAGGAAUUUUUGCUAGCAUGAAGGAACAAGGUGUUAUUAAAGAUAUGAAAAGAAGAGGUAUUAAAUAUAUCUUUAUUUCAACUGUUGAUAAUCCUCUAUGUAAAAUUGCUGAUCCAUUAUUUAUAGGAUAUUCUCACACCUUUAAUUUAGAUAUUGCAACUAAGACUGUAGCUCGUCUUGAUCCUUUAGAAAAAGUUGGCUGUUUAGCUCAAAAGAUAUAUAAAAAUGUUAUGAAUACAUCAUCAGAAGAUUGUAAAUUAUUAAUGCCAUGUAUUGUAGAAUAUACAGAAAUGGGGGAUGAAAUAAAUAACUCUAUAAAUGAGGAUACUGGGGAAAUGCUAUUUAGUCAUGGUAGUAUAGCUAUCCAUAAUAUGAAAUUAACCUUUGUAGAGGAAAUGGGAGACAAAGAAUUUGUUUAUCACCAAGCUAUUAAAAAAAUUCCAUUUUAUGAUUUGGAUACUAACAAGAUUAUACAACCUAAGGAUGUGAAUGGAGUUAAAUUAGAACUUUUUAUUUUUGAUUGUUUUAAAUUUGCAAAUAAAGUUUAUGGAUUGGAAGUAUUAAGAUCUGAUGAAUUUGCACCUAUUAAGAGUUCUACUGGACAAGAUACACCUACUAAUUGUCAAAAGAUUAUGUCUGAAUUAUAUAGAGACUUUUUAUUAAAGGUUAAUUCAAUUAUUUGUAAUAGUGUGAAAUAUAUUGAAAUAUCACCAUUAGUUUCAUAUUCUGGUGAAGGUCUUGAACAUUUGAAGAUGCAGAUUUUUGAUCAAGAGUAUGUUGAAAUUUCUGAAUAG